AAAUCGCAGCCAUCGCCCAAGCCAAUGGGCCCAAGCCAAUCUUACUUUGCCAGACAGCAUACGCUGUACUCCAAGCCACAGACUCCAAGAUCAGAUAGUUACUUACCCGCUGUGUUGCCGAGAACAAUUUAAAAAGCCAUGAUCCACCCAAGUGUUUGCCUUGUUCUCCUUGCAUUCUUGCGCUCGGAUAGGUCGUCCGCCUUCCAAGCGCCGGUGAUGACACAACAACUGCCGACCAGAGCUGUUGUUCUCAGUGACAAUGCUCCAUCCUGUCGUUCCCAAAGACGCUUCACCACCCACUUGUCCGCCGCUGAGUUUGGUGAACUCUCCAUAUCCGAGCCAUCGCGUCCCACUCCCUCCAUUGUGACGGCCGCACAGGCACCAUUGCCGUGGGAAGAAGAGAAAUCACACCACAACGACGACGAAAACUGGCAGGACGGCCAAUUGUGGUCCCUCACACGACAGAGAUUGAUGGAUAUCUGGGUACUCCCUCGAGACAUGUCCAAUGGAUCCUGGGAACCUUACGCUAUGGCGGCCAGUGCCGGGGAAGAAGCACUCCUCCAAAAAGCACCUCAGUUGCUACGUCUCUCACACACUCAAGUGCUGGAGGCCGCCAAAACCAUUACCCGAACGUUGCGAUUGCCACCCGCGGUCUUGCGACGCGAACCCAUGCUCCUCACCAUGAAUCCGACACAGUUGAUCGGGGGCUACAACCGCUUAUUGUUGGAGCAUGAUGCCAUACGCGAUGAACCCCAUCGAUUGGUACAAGCUGCCACGGAGUGGGCUCGGGAGGACAACAACGGCCAUGGCAACAACAGCAGCAUGUCUCCUUGAAGGACCGAACGAACGAAUGUGCAGUAUCGUACGUAGUAUAAGGAAUGAGUGAAUUGAGGGGUGGCCCGAGAAUUCGUACGUGGAUCUCGAGUACCCCGUUGCAUGGCUGGCCUCUUCUGGGCUAUAAUAGGUUUGCAACUGGUCUCCGUCGUCGAAUCAGAGAGGCUGUCAAGAAGGAUGGGUCUGGCUGAAAGAAUGGCAUCACUCAGCACGUUUCUCUCCCCUGGUCGAUCGCGAUGAAGUUCUGCUGUACUGACGCAUAACAGCAGUGUAGAGCGCUUAAAAAGCAUGUGAGAGCGACUUCCUGUGUAGUAGUUACUAGUAGCUAACAUUUAUUGAGCAAGUGAUUUAUGCUGGCCGGC